AAAUAUAUAUGGUUUAUUUUCCUAAAAAAAUCUUAUUUUCGCGAAAAUAACCUUAUUUUCGCACUUUAGGCCUACCCAUAGAAUGUUACUGGAGAGACUACGGCCAUUAGUCUGAUUAGACGAAACGAAACCAGCAACCGAAGAAGUGCUGAUCACAGUUUGUAUUGAGGGAUGGCAGAUGAGGAAGAAGAUUUUGAAGUCUUAGAUCUGAGUACGGCUGCUUAUAGACGGAAUAGAGGAUAUAUACAACAACUUUUUGGUGAUAUUUCCAAGCAAUCUGCAGCAAAACAAGUAGUCAUAGGGGGAGCUGCUGGAUGGUUCUCAGGCUAUUUGUUUAUAAAAGUUGGCAAAAUAGCUGCUUGCAGUUUAGGAACCACAAUACUUCUCAUACAGAUAGCCCAACAUCAAGGGUAUAUACAGAUCAACUGGUCUCGUGUAAAUAGGGAAGUGGGCCAAGCCAGGCGCAGAGUAGAACGUGAAGCCUACAAGCAGUAUCCACAAUUAGUGAAUAAUAUAUGCAGAUUUGCACAAGAGAACAUGUUUUUAGCAGGAAGUUUUGCUGGAGGAUUUUUCCUUGGUCUUGCUUUUUGAUGUCGCAGAACUAUGGAGAAAAUUUUAUCAAUUUAUACUGGACAAAAGGAGAUAAAAGCACCACAGAAAAUACUAUGUUCCCAUUAUUUUAGCUUAAAUAGCUUACUGUGUGCCAAUAUCUUAGGAAAAAUGUGACUUCUGAUGGCAUUUUUUGUUAAUGCUCAGAUAUUAGUAUAAAAGUGGUCUUUAGGAUAAAACAUGAAUUUUAAAAGGGGCUGUCACCUUCUAGGGUUCCUCAUUACAGUGUAAUGGGGCCAAAGGUCAAAUGUGUGCAUUUACAAAUAAACUAUGCAGCUGUGCACUCAUUUUAUUAGCCCACCAUCAUCAGAUGGUGGGCUAUUGAAAUCACUUUGCGUCCGUGGUCCGUCCGUCCGUCAUUCCGUCCGUCCGUCCGUUAACAAUUUCUCGUUAUCGCAUCUCAGAAACUACUGGGGGGAUUUUGACCAAACUUUGUCAGAAUGAUGUAUUGGUACCAUAGUUGUGUCCCCCUGAAAAUCAGACUGGUUCAACAAUUUAUGAGUGAGUUAUGGCCCUUUGUUUAUUUCUAUAAUUUACAUAGAUUUAUAUAGGGAAAAACUUUGAAAACCUUCUUGUCCAAAACCACAGGGCCUAGGGCUUUGAUAUUUGGUAUGAAGCAUCAUCUAGUGGUCCUCUACCAAGAUGAUUCAAAUUAUUUCUCUGGGGUCAAAUAUAGCCCCACCCUGGGGGUCACAUGGUUUAUAUAGACUUAUAUAGGGAAAAAACUUUGAAAAACCUCUUGUUCAAAACCACAGGGCCUAGGGCUUUGAUAUUUUGUAUGUGACAUCAUCUAGUGGUCUUCGACUAAGAUUGUUCAAAUUAUACCCCUGGGGUCAAAUAUGGCCCUGCCCCGGGGGUCAUAUGGUUUACAUAGACUUAUAUAGGGAAAAACUUUGAAAAUCUUCUUGUCCAAACCACAAAGCCUAGGGCUUUGAUAUUUGUAAUGUAGCAUCAUCUAGUGGUUCUCUACCAAGUUUGUUCAAAUUAUCCCCCUAGGGUCAAAUAUGGCCCCGCCCCGGGGGUCACAUGUUUCAUAUAGACUUAUAUAGGGAAAAGCUUUUAAAAUCUUCUUGUCAAUAACUACAACAUUCAAACUUGGACCACAUGUAUAUUUUUGAGUGGCAGAUGAACCUUGACACGAGUUGACCUUGAUUUUGACCUAGUGACCUACUUUCACAUUUCUGUAGCUACAGCCUUCAAAUUUGGACCACAUGCAUAAUUUUGUGCACUGGAAAAAACUUUGACCUUGACUUUGACCUACUGACCUACUUUCACAUUUUUGAAGGUACAGGCGUCAAAUUUGGACCACAUGCAUAGUUCCGUGUUUCAAAAUGAAAUUUGACAUUGAUUUUGACCUUGUGACAUACUUUCACAUUUCUCAAGCUACAGCCUUCAAAUUUGGACCACAUGCAUAGUUUUGUGUACCGAAAAAAACUUUGACCUUGACAUUGACCUGGUGACCUACUUUCACAUUUUUUUGUAGGUACAGGCUUCAAAUUUGGACCACAUGCAUAAUUUUGGUUUUGAAAUGAAAUUUGACCUUGAUUUUGACCUAGUCACCUACUUUCACAUUUUCUCAAGCUAUACAGCCUUCAAAUUUGGACCACAUGCAUAGUUUUGUGCACCAGAAAACACUUUGACCUUGACAUUGACCAAGUGACCUACUUUCACAUUUUUUGUAGGUACAGGCUUCAAAUUUGGACCACAUGCAUAGUUUCGUGUUCGGAAAUGAAAUUUAACCUUGAUUUUGACCUAGUGACCUACUUCCACAUUUCUCAAGCUACAGCCUUCAAAUUUUGACCACAUGCAUAGUUUUGUGUAUCGAAAAAACUUUGACCUUGACAUUGACCUAGUGACCUACUUUCACAUUUUUGAAGGUACAGGCUUCAAAUUUGGACCAUAUGCAUAGUUUUGUGUUUCGAAAUGAAAUUUGACCUUGAUUUUGACCCAGUGACCUACUUUCACAUUUCUCAAGCUACAGCCUUAAAAUUUGGACCACAUGCAUGGUUUUAUGUACCGAAACAAACUUUGCCCUUUACAUUGACCUAGUGACCUACUUUCACAUUUUUGAAGGUACAGGCAUCAAAUUUAGACCACAUGCACAGGAUUGUGUACCGAAACAAACUUUGACCUUGCAGGGCUUUUUUUCCCUAUGAAUCUCCCUCCUGUAAAAGGAGGUAAUCCCAAUGCCAAAAAGUAUGUUUUUUUCCCAAAGUUGAAUUUAAAAUUUGGAACACUCAAAAAUGGCACAUUGGUGGGCGCCAAGAUCACUCUGUGAUCUCUUGUUUUCAUAUAACCACCUACAUCGAUUUAAAUAUUGUGUCUCAAAUUUAAUGCCCUAAAGUAUUUUGUUAAUAGAAUUGAUAAUAUCAAAAAAUAUUAUAUAUAAUAUAUAUUAUGUAAAAUUAUAUAUAUCUGUUAAAAGUGGCACCCUUGUGAUGGCAAAGUGUGUUAUACUUGCCAUGUUUGUUAAUCAUUUAUACCUGGAUCAACUGCAGAAAUAUUUUUGGUACUGUCAUAUCCAAGUGUUAUUUUAAGGUCAUUUCAAGGUCACAGGCAUGUCAAAGGUCAAAACUGGACUUUAGAAAACGUACUUCUAAUGUAUUAAGGAUAGCAAAAUGGUGCAUAUGUUAAUAUUAUACUCAACAACUAUUCUAACUCCACACAUGUUUUUUUCCUUUUAUCUUUGACAAAUUUUGAACAUCCGUCAAUAUUGUCAAUAUGAACAUGUUAGUUUUAUAUCAGGUUUGUGACGUCAUUAAUGACAACAAAUGAAUGGUUGUCGUGGAAUCAAGAAGUACAUUUACCUUAAUAAUUUUCAAAUUUUCUCAGCCAAACAAGCAAAAUAUUUAUGAUUUUAUAAGACUAGUAAAAAUGAAUAUGCAACAAAUGAUGAUAAGCUUUGCAUCAAGAAAUAUGUGCUCGUGUUUUUUUCGUAAAAAUAUUGCACCGCAUAUGUAGCGCAAAACCUCAACUGCAGAACUCGCGCAUAUUUCUCAAUACAAAUCUGAUACUCUGAUAUCUCUAUUAAUGCACACUUGCAGAAUAGUAUCCUCUGUCAGGACAAGGUCAUAUUCAUAAUGCCUUGGAGAUUGAAGUAUUAGCCACAAAAUUGUUUAAUCCCGCAGAUGGCAGUACUUGCCGCUUUGUUUGUUUUGGGUUUAACACCAUUUUUCAACAGUAUUUCAGUCAUGUAACGGCAGGCUGUUAACCUAACUAGUGUUCCUGGAUUCUGUACCAGUACAAACCUGUUCUCCGCAACUAACUGCCAACUUCCCCACAUGAAUUAUCAGAGGUGGAGGACAAUUGAUUUCAGACACAAUGUCUUUAAUCAAAUUGUCAUGGGGAACAUUCGCUCCACCUGGGGAUCAAACUUGCAACCCCGCGAUCCAUACGCUUUCCCUACUGACUUGCCACUUGGAGACCAGCACCAUGUUGCAUUCAUUCUGUGACAUUUUAUUUUUGGGUUACCUUAUUUGAAAUGUCAUGGCUCAACGAAUGUACUUACAAUUGAUAUCACUUGUUAUUUUUAGCUCACCUGUCACAAAGUGACAAGGUGAGCUUUUGUGAUCGCGCAGCGUCCGUCGUCCGUCCGUGCGUGCGUAAACUUUUGCUUGUGACCACUCUAGAGGUCACAUUUUUCAUGGGGUCUUUAUGAAAAUUGGUCAGAAUGCUUAUCUUGAUGAUAUCUAGGUCAAGUUCGAAACUGGGUCACAUGCGGUCCAAAACUAGGUCAGUAUUUCUAAAAAUAGAAAAACCUUGUGACCUCUCUAGAGGCCAUAUUUUUCACAAGAUCUUCAUGAAAAUUGGUCAGAAUGUUCACCUUGAUGAUAUCUAGGUCAAGUUUGAAACUGGGUCACGUGGGUUCAAAAACUAGGUCAGUAGGUCUAAAAAUAGAAAAACCUUGUGACCUCUCUAGAGGCCAUAUUCUUCAUGAGAUCUUCAUGAAUAUUGGUCAGAAUGUUCACCUUGAUGAUAUCUAGGUCAAAUUCGAAACUGGGUCACAUUGGGUCAAAAACUAGGUCAGUAGGUCUAAAAAUAGAAAAACCUUGUGACCUCUCUAGAGGCCAUAUUUCUCAAUGGAUCUUCAUGAAAGUUGGUCAGAAUGUUCACCUUGAUGAUAUCUAGGUCAAGUUCGAAACUGGGUCACGUGGGGUCAAAAACUAGGUCAGUAGUUCUAACAAGAGGGCCAUGAAGGCCCUGUAUCGCUCACCUGACCUAUUGACCUAAAGAUCAUCAAGAUCAACAUUCUGACCAAGUUUCAUUAAGAUAUGGUCAUAAAUGUAGCCUCUAAAGUGUUAACUAGCUUUUCCGUUGAUUUGACCAGGUGACCUAGUUUUUGCCCCCACAUGACCCAGAUUUAAACUUGACCUAAAGAUCACCAAGAUUAACAUUCUGAUUAAGUUUCAAGAAGAUACAGUCAUAAAUGUGGCCUCUAGAGUGUUAACAAGCUUUUCCUUUGAUUUGACCUAGUGACCUAGUUUUUUAACACACCUGACCCAGAUUUAAACUUGACCUAUAGAUCAUCAAGAUUAACAUUCUGACCAAGUUUCAUUAAGAUAUGGUCAUAAAUGUGGCCUCUAAAGUGUUAACUAGCUAUUCCUUUUAUUUGACCCCCGUGACCUAGUUUUUGACCCGACAUGACCCAGAUUCGAACUUGACCUAAAGACCAUCAAGUUUAACAUUCUGACUAAGUUUCAUGAAGAUACAGUCAUAAAAGUGGCCUCUAGAGUGUUAACAAGCUUUUCCUUUGAUAUGACCUAGUGACCUAGUUUUUGACUCCAUCUGACCCAGAUUUAAACUUGACCUAAAGAUCAUCAAGAUUAACAUUCUGACCAAGUUUCAUUAAGAUAUGGUCAUAAAUGUGGCCUCUACAGUGUUAAUUAGCUUUUCCUUUGAUUUGACCUGGUGACCUAGUUUUUGACCCGACAUGACGCAGAUUCAAAUUUGUCCAAAAGAUCAUCAAGUUUAACAUUCUGACUAAGUUUCAUGAAGAUAUAGUCAUAAAUGUGGCCUCUAGAGUGUUAACAAGCUUUUCCUUUGAUAUGACCUAGUGACCUAGUUUUUGACCCCACCUAACCCAGAUUUGAAAUUGAGCUAUAGAUCAUCAAGAUUAACAUUUUGACCAAGUUUCAUUAAGAUAUGGUCAUAAAUGUGGCCUCUACAGUGUAAACUAGCUUUUCAUUUGAUUUGGCUUGGUGACCUAGUUUUUUAUCCUACAUGACCCAGAUUCAAACUGGACUUUAAGAUCAUCAAUAUUAACAAUCUGACCAAGUUUCAUGAAGAUACAGUCAUAAAUGCGGCUUCUACAGUGUUAACAAGCUUUUCCUUUGAUUUGACCUGGUGACCUAGUUUAUGAACCCAGAUAACCAAAUAUCGAACUCGUCCAAGAUUUUAUUAAGGGUAACAUUCUGACCAAGUUUCAUUAAGACUGGGCCAAAAAUGUGACCUCUAGAGUGUUAACAAGCUUUUCCUUUGAUUUGACCUGGUGACCUAGUUUUUGACCCCAGAUGAACCAAUAUCCAACUCGUCCAAAAUUUUAUUGAGGGUAACAUCCUGACCAAGUUUCAUUAAGAUUGGGCCAAAAUUGUGACCUCUAGAGUGUUAACAAGCUUUUCCGUUGAUUUGACCUUAUGACCUAGUUUUUGACCCCAGAUGACCCAAUAUCGAACUCGUCCAAGAUUUUAUUGAGGGUAACAUUCUGACCAAGUUUCAUUAAGAUUGGGCCAAAAAUGUGACCUCUAGAGUGUUAACAAGCUUUUCCUUUGAUCUGACCUGAUGACCUAGUUUUUGAUCCCAGAUGAUCCAAUAUCAAACUCGUCCAAGAUUUUAUUGCGGGUAACAUUCUGACCAAGUUUCAUUAAGAUUGGGCCAAAAAUGUGACCUCUAGAGUGUUAACAAGCUUUUCCUUUGAUUUGACCUGAUGACCUAGUUUUUGAUCCCAGAUGACCCAAUAUCGAACUCGUCCAAGAUUUUAUUGAGGGUAACAUUCUGACCAAGUUUCAUUAAGAUUGGGUCAAAAAUGUGACCUCUAGAGUGUUAACAGUCAAAUUGUUGACGACGGACGGACGGACGGACGGACGGACGGACGACGGACGACGACGGACGCCGGACACAGGGUGAUCACUAAAGCUCACCUUAGAGCACUUCGUGCUCAGGUGAGCUAAAAAUAGAAAAACCUUGUGACCUCUCUAGAGGCCAUAUUUUUCAUGAAAUCUUCAGGAAUAUUGGUCAGAAUGUUCACCUUGAUGAUAUCUAGGUCAAGUUCGAAACUGGGUCACGUGGGGUCAAAAACUAGGUCAGUAGGUCUAAAAAUAGAAAAACCUUGUGACCUCUCUAGAGGCCAUAUUUCUCAAUGGAUCUUCAUGAAAAUUGGUCAGAAUGUUUACCUUGAUGAUAUCUAGGUCAAGUUCGUAACUGGGUCACGUGCGGUCAAAAACUAGGUCAGUAGGUCUAAAAAUAGAAAAACCUUGUGACCUCUCUAGAGGCCAUAUUUCUCAAUGGAACUUCAUGAAAAUUGGUCAGAAUGUUUACCUUGAUGAUAUCUAGGUCAGAUUCGAAACUGGGUCAAGUGCGGUCAAAAACUAGGUCAGUAGGUCUAAAAAUAGAAAAACCUUGUGACCUCUCUAGAGGCCAUAUUUUUCAUGAGAUCUUCAUGAAUAUUGGUCAGAAUGUUCGCCUUGAUGAUAUCUAGGUCAAGUUCGAAACUGGGUCACGUGGGAUCAAAAACUAGGUCAGUAGGUCGGAAAAUAGAAAAACCUUGUGACCUCUAUAGAGGCCAUAUUUUUCAUGAGAUCUUCAUGACAAUUGGUGAGAAUGUUCACCUUGAUGAUAUCUAGGUCAUGUUUAAAAGUGGGUCACGUGCCUUCAAAAACUAGGUCAUUAGGUCAAAUAAUAGAAAAACCUUGUGACCUCUCUAGAGGCCAUAUUUUUCAAUGGAUCUUCAUGAAAAUUGGUCAGAAUUUUUUAUCUUGAUGAUAUCUAGGUCACAUGUGCUCAAAAACUAGGUCACUGUGUCAAAUAAUAGAAAUAACGACGUCAUACUCAGUUCAACACUGGGUCAUGUGGGGAUAGGUGAGCGAUUCAGGACCAUCAUGGUCCUCUUGUUAUUUAACUGAACUGGUCAUUAAACAAUGUGUCCAAUUUUCAUUCAGAUCUGUAAAAAUUUUGGCAGAGAUAAAAACAAAGUCAGGUGUGUUAGAAAAGUUGUUGAUUAUAUGAUUAUAAAAUGACACUGCAAAUGCAUUUCUUGCACUUCGUGCAGCAGUCAAAUUUGAAUUUAAGCUUUGCACUGACUAUAAAAAAUAUUUACCUAUUGUACACUUUUUGAGAAAUGUGUGCGAAAGGGAAAAUAUGGUAUGUUUUGAAGAAGAAGACUAUGACAGAAAAAUGAAUUACAUAUAAAUAUAUAAAAAAUUCUCUCAUCAACAGUUAAAAUCACAUUACUGUCAGGUAGCUCAAUAAGAAGAGCGCAGUUAUAAGGAUCGCAGGGUCGUGAUUUCGAUCCCGGGAGAGGUGUAUGUUCUUCAUGGCGAUUUGAUGAUAGACAUUGUCAGGAGUAGUUUCGUCCUCCACUUCUGAAUCAUAUGGAGAAGUUGGCAGUUACUUGCGAGGAAAAGGCUAGUACUUGUAGAGAAUCCAGAAACACUGAUUAGGUUAACUGACUGCCAUUACAUGACUGAAAUACUGUUGAAAAUAACAUUUACAUGUAUGGAAUGCUUCUCCAGCACCUAAAGAAAUGAUUUCAAUACUGGUGAUGAUUCAUUAUAUGAUAUAUGUUUAUGUUAAUUUGUCCACGCGGUGAUGGUUAAAUAGGACCGUUUUAGAGGAAAAACUGAAAGAUUGGUCACAUUAUAUGUGUACAGAGUACAUGUACUAAACAAAACAGAACAGAUCUGUAGGAUUUCAUCUAGUUAAUCUGUACACUAUUUCUUUGAUUUGCUAUAAUUUCUUUAUUUUUUUACUAUAGGUCAGAUAUUUAUCAUCAUGUUUUAUGUAUUUGUAUGUAUUAACUUGCACAUUUCAAGCUGUAUCAUCGAAGAAGCUAUUAAUGCAAUAUUUUCAUUAUUUUAUUCUUAAAAUUUAGCAUGCUAUUCCUGUUUCGACUCUUAUUAUUUUUGGCUUUGUUUCUACACUUCCUCUUCCUCUUCAAAACAGAAGUUGAAAACGAAUCAGAUCGUAACAAUUUACUCAUACGACACUUGCUUUCAGACAGGAUGUGGACCCUUGAUAACAUUGUAAAAAAAACCCAUAGUAUCUUUACACUGAAACAUUAGUCAUUCGUAUGUUUUACAAAUAAAAAUGUAAAAUAAAAACAUCAGAAAGGUU